AUUCAUCACCAUCUGUACGCUAUCAGGGUCGAUCUUUACUACCUGUCCUUAAUCUCAGAAUCGCGCUGUUAUAGGCUUUAAUAUCUGCAGCCUCGGAUCUACUUGAUCUAUAUUUCGAUUUCACGCAACAAUGGCACCACCUACGACAUCCUCCUUUCAAAUUACGACAUCCUCGUUUCCGCCAGACGCUGGUUUGGAGUUUGUUGGAUCCAACAACAUCCGGGACGACAUAUACCCAGCUAUCGAUGUUACUAAAGUCAGCGCCCUCCGGCAGCCUGGCAAAGUUGUCUUGAUCACCGGCGCAGGCCGCGGCAUCGGUCGAUCUAUGGCCGUUCAGUAUGCGCGCGCCAACGUCUCUACGAUCAUAAUCUGUGCGCGCACUGCAACAGAGUUAGAUGAAGUGGAAUGCCGAAUUAAAGAGGCCAACAAACGAGUCGAAGUUUGGAAAGAAGUCUUUAGCGUUACAGACCGCGCCGCGGCCCAAGAUCUGGCGAAAAGAGUUGCUGAUGCAAAGGGAAAACUGGAUAUUCUCAUCAACAACGCCGGUAUGUCUCGCCCCUGGAAGAACAUCCAUGAGAUUGAUCCAGAUGAUUACUGGCGAGUAAUGGAAGUCAAUGUUUAUGGGCCUCUUCUACUCACCCAUGCAUUUUUGCCUCUGUUGGUGAACAAUGCAGAAACGAACUCUACACACGUAAACAUCAUCAACAUCACAUCAAUCGGCGCGGUUACGAUGGGCCCUGGGGGCAGUCCGUACUCGAUUUCGAAGCUGGCGCUGCAAAAGCUGGGUGAGUUUGUGGGCCUCGAGUACGGUGCAAAGGGCGUGAAUGUUGUGGGCAUACACCCUGGAGUAGUGGAGACAAAGGUAGCGAAGGUGGUCAAGGAGCUGAAUAAUCGUAGGUGACAUGUCACAACAGGCGCUAGGACGAGAUCGCUGACACGCACAGUUAUGACUGAUGGACCGGACCUUUCUGGUGGAUUCGUUGUGUGGCUGAGUAGUGCAGACAGGGCGUGGUUGAAUGGAAGGUAAGUUCUACACGUAGAUCUUCUAAAUGAGUGCUGAUCAUUCUGCAGAUAUGUUAGCGCGACUUGGGACGUUGAUGCCUUAGAGAGAAAGAGGAGUGAGAU